UGUUUAGAUUUUCAGCAUAUUUCUCAGCCGUUUCUUUUCUACGAAUUGAAAACUGACUUAGUUAUUUCGUUCUUACUGUGUUCCAGAGCACAGGGAUAGGAAUUUGAUUGUUGUGUGAUAAUUAUUACUCUAGCGAUAAGUGUAAAUAAUUUUCUUAUAAAGCUAUUGGAAUAGCGUAUCAGAAACAUAUUUGCUACUUGUUUAUUUAGAAGUUGGCAAAAGUGGACAUAAUGCUAGUCCUAGUUCUCGGAGAUAUGCACAUUCCGCACCGCUGCAGUAGUCUGCCGCCCAAGUUCAAGAAGCUGCUUCUACCAGGCAGGAUCCAACAUAUACUGUGCACAGGCAACCUCUGUACCAAAGAAUCAUAUGACUACUUGAAGACAUUAGCCAGUGAUGUACAUGUUGUUCGAGGAGAUUUUGAUGAGAAUUCAACAUACCCAGAACAAAAAGUCAUAACAGUAGGCCAAUUUCGUAUCGGACUUAUUCAUGGACAUCAAGUUGUGCCCUGGGGAGAUGAGGAAUCACUAGCUCUGGUCCAGAGGCAGCUGGACGUAGACAUCCUCAUAUCGGGACAUACACACCGUUUUGAAGCUUAUGAGCAUGAGAAUAAGUUCUACAUUAACCCUGGAUCUGCAACUGGCGCAUACAGUCCUUUGUAUAGAAAUCCAACCCCAUCAUUUGUGCUGAUGGACAUCCAGAGCUCUACGGUGGUCACAUAUGUGUACAAACUCCUUGGAGAUGAAGUCAAGGUUGAAAGGAUUGAAUACAAGAAGGCGUAACAUGGCAGGAUAAUAUAUAUAGGAGUACACGGAUAACACUACCAGUAACUGGUAUAAUUUUAUAAUUUUGGUGAUUUGAGUGUUCAAGGCACUGUUGGCAAUAAGGUUUUUCUUAAAAGUAUUUGUUUUUAAUUUAUGAUGCAUUUUAUUGUCUUAAGAAAUUUCGAUUGAUAUCAGUGUAAAAAAAGGUGAAUAACUGUAACAGAAAUAGUUUUACUGAGUUAAUUUUUUCCUCUUAUUCAUGUAAACAAUAAUGAAGAAGAUAAAUAUGUGUUAUUGUGUAUGCAGUGAUAACUCCAGUUCAAAUUGACAUUGAUUUAAGUGUGUUAGGCCGUUCUAGCUUUCAGGAAUGACAAAACCCACUUGAGCCAACAUAUGUUAGCGAUUCGAGAUUCAUAUUGUAUAUAUAAAUAUUCGUAAUAUUGUAUAUUAAGAACUGUUAAUUAUGUAGUAUAUAAGGCGUGCCAGUGCAGUGAUCAUGUAUAAAAAUAUUAGGGAAUAUUGAAACGGAAAUCUCACGACAGUCAGCUCCCAAUCUCAUCUUAGGAGAGAAAUGUUUGUACAACAGUAAGAGCGAUAGAUGCGUUUUGUUUACCAUUUUGGAAGCUGUGAAUGUAUGGUAAUAAAAUGAUUUCUAUUUAAACAAUAAUAAAAAAUUAUAUCAUGAGUAAUAUUCAUUUUUAACUAAAUCUCUAAACAAUAACAUAUAAUAGUUUAAAUACGAUUUUGUUCACAAAUAAGACCAACUAAUGAAUUCUCUAACACGAGUAAUUGAAGACUGUGAAUUUUUUUGUAAGCGAACCCGACACAACAUAUAGGAACCAAUAUGCAUAAAUGCGGUCUACAUGUUAAUAAUAAUUAAAUUUGAUAUAAAUUACUAUAGGGAAGCCGCGGUAUUGACUUAUGACCUCAUGUCUCAGAGUGAAAAGCGCGUUAAAGUUCCAUUACCUUCUUAUUUUUCUUCACCAUCUUCACUUAUAUCCACUUACUAACAGAUUGCUAGUUUAAUGUUUGCCGGACUAUAUUCAGAAACCUGAUUCCUAUCGGCUUCUCUUUAGAACCCUAUAGAGCGAUUUGCAUACUGCAUUUAUGCAUGUUAGUACUUUAUGUUGUGUGGGGUUUCUUUUCGGAAAAUUACAGCUUUCGCCAUUGCUCGGUGGUGUUUUGACCUAAAGCCACUUAUCAGGCGAGUGACUUGGUCUUAUAAGUUGUAACAAGGUUGCGUACGAGUGAACCGCCUGACGAGUGACAAACCAGUACAUUAAUUAUUUGAGUACUAUGUAUACACCAUCUUAUCAGGUAUAUAAAAUAUAAAUGUAUCUCCUUUUAUAUCUGAAUCUGCGAUGCAAUAAUAGUUAUUUUAUUGUAUUAUGUAAUUUUUACGUUAAUAAAAAUGUAUUGUCAAAA